GGCCCCAAACCCAACUCCCCAGAAAUAUCCGUCACAUUUGGCAGAACCGAAGAACAUAGAAAGAAGAAGAAGAAGAAAGUGGCGUUCAGCUCAGUUCGGUUUUUCCGAUGUCGACCCUGAAACUAAGCACCACUGCUGCUUCUAUCUAUGUCCGCUCAGCCACCACCAAAUCCAAAACCCUCUUCUUCUCCCCAAACAGAACAACAACCAUUCACGACCACCGCAGAACCACCCACGUGCCUCCCCUUUCCCCUAAACCACUCAUAGGGUUCACUAUUUGCAAAACCCCGUCGAGCUUUCUCACAAGGGCAGUCAGUUCCACAGUACCACCACAACCACACCCACCAGAGCCAGAGCCAGAGCCAGAGCCUUCCAAAUUGCUUACCUUGCCCACAAUUUUGACCCUUGGCCGUGUCGCCGCCGUGCCGCUUCUUGUUGCUACUUUCUAUAUGGAUGGUUGGCGUGGAACAGCAGCUACUACAAGUAUUUUCAUCGCUGCUUCCGUUACCGAUUGGCUUGAUGGCUAUAUUGCUCGCAAGAUGAAGUUAAAAUCUUCAUUUGGCGCAUUCUUAGAUCCUGUAGCGGACAAGCUUAUGGUUGCUGCGACAUUGGUUUUAUUAUGUACUAGACCUUUGGCUGUUGAUGUUUUUGGACAAGCACCCUGGCUACUGACUCUCCCUUCGAUUGCCAUAAUUGGUAGAGAGAUAACCAUGUCUGCAGUGAGAGAAUGGGCUGCUUCGCAGGAUAGUAAGCUCUUAGAGGCUGUUGCUGUAAAUAAUUUGGGGAAGUGGAAAACAGCCUCACAGAUGACAGCAUUAACCAUCCUCCUUGCGACCCGGGACUGCAGUAAUGGAGUAGCUGCCGUUGUAGCAGGGUCUGGUGUUGUUUUGCUUUAUACUUCAGCAGGGCUUGCCAUAUGGUCGUUGGUUAUAUAUAUGAGGAAAAUAUGGAAGGUAUUGCUGAGGUAGCGUGCUUGGUGCUCCAUGUAUUCACAUACAUCCAUUUUUUUUGGGGGAGCUUCAAUUCUCCCUAACAUUUCUGUGUAAAUGUAAAUCUUAAUUCUGCGCAAUUUCCAACUCCACACAGCGCCAUUUCUCCUAUUCCUGAAAAUUACUUGCUCACAUUUUUGUCCUCAGUUACCUUGGUAAGAAAAAACAAAAUAAGAAAGAUCACUAGCCAUGGCUAAACGUUAGAGCAUUGAUUUUGUUUUUGGCCCUAACUGCAUUCUGGAGUCGUUGAAGGUUUGAGACCAGAGAAAAUUCACAGGAGGAACUUAUGUAUGAUUGUAGCUGACUUCCGGUAUAUUAUUUGACAUGUACAAAACAUAAGUUAAAUAUGAAUGUUUGAGUUACCCGCAUGGUUAAUGUAUACUGCUAUGGUUAAUGUAAACUGCUAUUUUACUUGUGCUCUUGUAAGUUGUAACUACUGUGUGAGCAGAAAGAGUUGAUUCAGUAUGAUUUUUGCA